UGUGUCUUGCCCUCUCUUCUGUACUUCUGACUUAUCUAACCAGCCUGACUAUCAAGUUAAUUCCGGGUGCAGGCUUGGACUCGGGGCACGUGCUUUCGUAACAAAUACAGCCGGUGAUGUUUCCCUAUUUAUACCCCGUCCGGUAUUUCCCCUGGCAGAUCCCGCCGCUCGGCAUGGUACAUACAGAUUGCAGCCCUGGCGCAUGGUCUAAGUGGGGGACAGCGGCGGGAAGAGGCCUUCCUAUGUUGCUCGAUCCCGAGAGCUUGUGUUGGUUCGUGCGGGAGGCCCUCCAUCCAAGCCCAUGGGGGCAGUCGACGGGAAGUGCACGGACCAUGUAGAAUACAGCUCAAUUUCUGCCGCCCGAGGCCGCCUAAUCACUUAACGCGUUCGCUCACACGCAGCAGCUCCAGCCGGCGCGUCAGCUAGAGCUCGCAAUUCCGCGACGAGAUCAAUUGAAGCUUCACCUCCCUCGGCUUUGGCUUCUGUUUCCCCUCCCCCCGUCUGCCACACCACAUUCGCCAGGGCCACUGCGCCCAAACCCUCGAAAACCCCUUGCAAAUCUGCUAGCACAUCGUUUUACUUCAACCUGGACUGCGGAUUUCAUCUCCGCCAUGGCGCCGCCCCAGCCGAUGGAUGUCGAUGAUGUGGAGAUGGAGGAAGACCACGAUCAGGAGCACAGGCUCAUCAACGAGGAGUACAAGACAUGGAAGAAGAACAGCCCCUUCCUCUAUGACAUGAUCCUCAGUACCGCGCUCGCCUGGCCGACCCUUACUGUCCAGUGGCUGCCUGACGUGAAGGAGCCCGAAGGCAAGAAUUACCGUGUCCACCGCGUGCUGCUGGGAACGCACACGUCAGAGAGCGCCGACGAGUAUCUCCAGAUUGCCGAGGUGGAGAUUCCCAAAUCGAUCGACCCCAAUCCCGACGAUUACGACGAGGACCGCGGCGAGAUUGGCGGCUAUGGGGGCGGCAAGGGCAGCGAGGCGGCCGCGAUAAAAUGGAACAUCACCCAAAAGAUCAACCACGAAGGCGAGGUCAACAGAGCCCGUUACCAACCACAGAACCCAGACAUCAUCGCCACCGCCUGCAUCAACGGCACCAUUCUCGUCUUCGAUAGGACCAAGCAUUCGCUCACCCCUAAGGACAAAACGGUCAGCCCCCAGUUCAGGCUGGAGGGCCACAAAGCAGAGGGAUACGGCCUGAACUGGAGUCCUCACGAGGAGGGCUGCCUUGUUUCUGGUAGCAAUGACCACACUGUCUUGCUUUGGGAUCUCAAGAAUGUCCAGGCGGACGGCAAGGCCCUAAAGCCCUCGCGCAAAUUCACACACCACAGCCAGAUUGUGAACGAUGUGCAAUACCACCCGAUAGCCAAGCACUUCAUUGGCACCGUCUCGGACGACCUGACACUCCAAAUCCUGGACACGCGCUCAAACUCCAACGAGAGUGCCGCGCUAGUUGCGCGCGGUGGUCACAGCGAUGCCAUCAACGCCCUUGACUUCUCGCCUUCGUCCGAGUUCCUCGUUGCGACUGCUUCGGGUGACAAGACCAUCGGAAUCUGGGAUCUCCGAAAUGUCAAGGACAAGAUCCAUACGCUAGAGAGCCACAGGGAUGCCGUUACCUCGGUUUCCUGGCACCCACACGAGGCUGGUGUCCUUGGCAGCGGUUCAUACGACAGGCGCGUUCUCUUCUGGGACCUCAGCCGCGCUGGCGAGGAGCAGCAGCCCGACGACGCCGAGGAUGGACCCCCUGAGCUGCUGUUCAUGCAUGGUGGGCACACCAACCACCUUGCCGACUUCAGCUGGAACCCCAACGAGCCGUGGAUGGUUUGCAGCGCGGCCGAGGACAACCUCUUGCAAGUUUGGAAGGUUGCCGAUUCGAUCGUUAGGCGCGACGAUGGUGACUUGCCUGUAGAUGAGUUGGGCCCUUAGGGGGUGGUCAAACUCCGCAGUCGCAAUGUCGACCGAAUCGACUGGUCCCACAACUUUUGACUCGCCAGUUCCCAAGUUGGUACAGGUCCCAAAGUCGGACAGAAGCAGCACUGCCUAAUCUUAUCUUCGGGAGGAGCUCUCAUAUCUCCAGUUGUAAUGAUAAAUAAUGUGGCACAACGCGGAUAGUUGGCUUGAGGCGGCGCUUUGGUUGGGAAGGCAGUAUGCACGUGUCCAUUGAUCUCGGUCUACCAAUCGUCAGGGUAAGCAAUGGGCAGUUAUUGUUGUUUCUCUGGACUGACAUGUAUUGGCCAAAGAGAUUUGCACAAACGUGGGAGCAUGGUGCCAGGAAAGGUUGGAUCGUCCGGGAAACACGACUAACCCAGCCAAGAUAUGCAGACUGUUUUGCUGGGUGUCUGGGUAUCGAGUUAACUGCUAGCUACCUCCUAUGUACCUCCCUAUGUAGUUAUUGUAACGAUGAUUUUGAGACAGCCAUAGUCUUGCGAUAUAUGAUAUUAUGGUCCGGGC